AUGGGCGCAACCCCUUUCCAUCGCUCCAUCCUCGAGGUCCGGCUACCAAAGCACUUUGAUAAGCCAACGGACAUGAGGUAUGAUGGAACACAAGACCCACAGGAGCACCUGACGGCCUUCGAGGCCAGAAUGAAUUUGGAAGGGGUAGGCGAAGAAGUUAGGUGUCGCGCUUUCCCGGUCACCCUGGCAGGACCUGCAAUACGGUGGUUUAACAGCCUCCCGCAAGGCUCCGUCGCCAAGUUCUUGGACAUUAGCCACGCUUUCUUGGCCCAAUUCACGACCCGAAUCGCGAAGGCGAAGCACCCAAUCAACUUACUCGGGGUGACGCAAAGGCCUAGGGAGCCGACCAGAAAAUACCUGGAUCGGUUCAACGACGAGUGUUUAGAGAUUGACGGCCUAAUCGACUCGGUGGCCAGUUUGUGCUUAACGAACGGACUUCUGAACGAGGAUUUCAGAAAGCAUCUCACCACGAAGCCGGUAUGGACGAUGCAAGAGAUCCAAGGCGUGACCAAGGAGUAUAUCAAUGAUGAAGAAGUCAGUCAAGUGGUGGCGGCCAACAAACGGCAGCCCGUCAACAACCAAGCCCGGCAGCACGGUAGUGGGAAAAGGCAGAAGGAGCACACCAAAGACGGAGUGCCGACCAAGACAUUCCCCCGAAUAGGAAGAUUUACCAACUAUACCCCCCUCGCAGUCCCCAUUGUGGAAGUUUACCAGCAGAUAGUCGAGAAGGGGAUCUUAUCUAGGCCCCGACCCCUAAAGGACAGAACGGGAGGGAAUAAAAGCCUCUAUUGUGAUUAUCACAAGGGCUAUGGACACAAGACACAGGACUGCUUUGACUUAAAAGAUGCGCUGGAGCAGGCAAUCUGGGAUGGAAAGCUAGCCGAGUUCUCCCACCUCAUCAGGGAACCGAGGAGACGUGACCGGGACCGAGAUGGAGAGGACAAAAACCGCGCGGUAAAACGACGCCAAGAGCCCGAGGACAAUGAGCGCGGCCUCACCAUAGUAAAUGUGGUAAUUGGAAGAGACGUGGCUCUGAGGUCGAAGUCAACACACAAAAAGGAUGCCAAAGUCCUAACGGUCUCGUCAUCUAGCCCCACGCCAAAUUCUAAGAGGACCCCACCCAUAUCAUUCGGUCCAGAUGACCAAUGGUUUGAUGAGAUCACGGAAAACCCUCCAAUUGUCAUCACGGCCAGAGUGGGAACCGGCUUGGUCAAGAAGAUCCUCGUGGACACUGGCGCUGACUCGAAUAUUAUGUUCCGCAACGUGUUCGAUGCCCUAGGCCUCCAAGAUGCCGAUUUAAAGACUCACCAGCAUGGCGUAGUAGGCUUGGGCGACCACUUCAUCAAGCCUGAUGGAGUAAUCUCCCUACAUAUAUCCAUAGGGUUGAGACAAGGAAAAAGGUCGGUAAUGGCGGAGUUCGUGGUCCUCCGAGACUCCACAGCCUACAACAUCAUUCUUGGGAGAAAGACCAUCAACGAUCUUGGGGCAGUGAUUAGCACAAAGAUGUUGGGGGACUUGGAAACGGCAAUCGCUUGCGACAACGCCAGUCUCUCCUUAAGAAAGAAAUCCAAAGAGGCGUCGGGAGUCUUUCUCGCCGACCUGGACGUCAGGGUCAAGGACAAGCCUAGACCCGAGCCAGAAGGAGACUUAGAGAAGUUUAGGGUUGGCGACUCCGAGGAGAAGUUCACUUUUGUCAACAGAAACCUUUCACACCAAUUGAAAGAACCUUUAAUGGAAAUGAUUAGGGCUAACGUCGAUCUCUUUGCCUGGAUGCCGGCCGAUAGGGGUGUUCAAAACCGAUCCGAACCGAACUAA